AUGGCUGGGGGUUACUUCGACCUCCCAGUCACCCGCCGCUCAGGCACCUCUGAUACAACAGAAGCAACUUACAAAGCAUCAUCUGGGUCACAUACACCAUCAUUACCUCGACCAAAUGAGGGACAGCAGAGCUCAAAGGCGUAUCAAGAGCGGGGAUCAAGAGAUGUUGGGGCACAGGGCAGGCAAUGGAAUGUAAGCAUUCUGAAAAACACCAAUCGCGCCCAGCCCACAUUUGACAAGAUCAAGCUCCAGCAACCCACCGGAUCCCCGGGCGAGUCCCGAAUGGACCACGGGGGCUUUAUGUUGCUUCAAAAGCCCCUCCCCACCGCCAACAUUCCACACAUCCAGGGAAAAGGUCCCCUCAAUCCCCAGCGGGGGUUUUCAGUGGAGGAUAGGAGCUCGACCGCGUCAGCAGAUGUCACUGGCCUGACGAUCAACUGCAGGACCAGUUUUCCGCUAACUGAAUGGGAAAAUGAGACCAAUUUUAAUACGAAUGACAAGGGGCAGACGACUGCUUUUCUCCUGGAAAGGACCCAGCGACCUGUAUCCCUUCCGAAUUGUCCACAAAAUUCUCCGAGGCCAAGUCCUAGGUCAAGCAUAGUGUCAUCGGUCCCAUCGACUCCGACUGAGGUGGUGUUUGUCGAAGAUGGAGAUGAAAUUCCUAUGAUCAGCUUCUCCGAGAAACAACAACUCUUCGACGACUUAACUGAGAAUGACAGGGCCAUCUUAGUAGAUGGACAAUCUAUACCGCGCACUUUCAACGUCCACACUCUCGUGCGACAAAUGUCACGUCCAGACUUUUCUUUUUUGACUCGCCUCCCUGCUCCCUCGCCCAACGCGCUCUCUGGUCAAGACACUCAAUCUGAGGAUCGUUCCUCUGAGGACCGUGACUCCGAGACCUCCAUUGAGCGGCCGGCAAAAUACCGCCGAGGCAUCCUCUCUUCCCUGCUUAAACUAUACGACCACCAGCAUACCGGUAAUCACAACUUCGACCACCACGGACGGGGUCGGUAUGGCCGCUCCCGUCAAGGGAGUACCUCCGAAUGGAGUGGCCGGGGCAUGUCCCCGGAUCCUCUAUGGAAAUCCCACCGGCCCCAAAAAUGGUACGAGAAGCCCGGCAAUGAGUCAAGCCCUUCGAUCAACAGCUCGCACUCCAAAAAUACAUCUCCCCUAAGCUUUCUGAAGCGUUCGCGAAGUAGCGGGGCGGUAUCUGGCAGUUCAGCGGGCGGGACGGCUCGACGUUGGAUGAAGCCUGCCCUGGAAGACGAGAUCCGUAUCACUGUUCAUAUAGCCGAGCUUCUAUCUCGCCAGAAGUACUUAAUUCGGCUGUGUCGGGCCCUGAUGAAAUAUGGCGCCCCGACACAUCGUCUGGAGGAAUACAUGCGAAUGACUGCUCGCGUUCUGGAGAUUGAUGGCCAAUUUUUGUAUAUCCCAGGAUGUAUGAUCAUCUCCUUUGACGACGCCACAACCCACACGACAGAAGUCAAGGUGGUUCGGUCCAGUCAAGGCAUUGAUCUGGGGAAGUUGGCUGAUGUGCAUGAGACCUACAAGGAGGUGAUCCAUGACGUGAUUGGAGUUGAAGAGGCCAUUGGGCGCCUGGAGGAAACCAUGAAGCGGCCGAGCAAGUUUCAUAUCCUCUUCCUUAUUUUUGCUCAUGGUUGUGCAAGUGCAUCCGUGGGCCCAUUUGCAUUCAACGCCCGACCUAUCGAUAUACCUAUCGCAUUUUUGCUUGGCUGCCUGCUCGGCGUUCUCCAACUCAUUCUCUCGCCAAAAUCGAGUUUGUACUCGAAUGUGUUUGAGAUAUCGGCUGCGGUGCUGACUUCUUUCCUGGCGCGGGCUUUUGGGAGUAUAAGAUUCCAAGGAGAACCGCUUUUUUGCUUCUCUGCCUUGGCGCAGUCAGCUAUUGCCUUGAUUCUACCGGGAUACACCGUGCUCUGCGCAAGUCUGGAACUUCAAUCGCGAAGUAUUGUUGCAGGCUCCGUCCGCAUGGUCUAUGCCAUCAUAUACUCUCUUUUCCUUGGGUUUGGAAUCACCAUCGGUACUGCCGUCUAUGGACUUCUAGACCCUCAAGCCACGACAGCUUAUACCUGUCCCGCCAGUCCAAUUACCAACGAAUACCUCCAACGUUUCCCAUUUGUCCUGAUAUUUACUGUCUGCCUUGCUCUCGUCAAUAACGCAAAGUGGAAACAGAUCCCCAUGAUGAUGGUCAUCUCGUUGGCAGGCUAUGUGGUCAGCUAUUUCAGCUCCAAGCGUUUCUCCUCCAACACGCAGGUAUCGAAUGCCUUGGGUGCCUUUGUUAUAGGAGUUAUCGGAAACCUUCAUAGCAGAUUACGCCAUGGACUCGCUGCAGCAUCUAUGUUGCCUGCGAUAUUUGUUCUAGUGCCCUCUGGCCUCGCUGCAAGCGGAUCUCUCAUUUCAGGUAUCACUUCCGCGGAGGAAAUGACCCGAUCCCCUUACGCAGUUGUUGCCAAUGGCACUCAGGGCUUUGUCGAUGCUGCGAAGAACCUUUCAGCUUCUGAUCAGAGGACUCAAAGCUACGGUGUUGUUUUUGACAUUGGCUACGGCAUGGUUCAAGUAGCCAUCGGCACUACUGUAGGCCUCUUCUUGGCUGCGCUUGUGGUUUACCCAUUGGGUAAAAAGCGCAGUGGCCUCUUCAGCUUUUAA